GACCCGACGUGGGCACUUCGCUGUCCGGUCUUUCCUUCAUUAAAAUAUUAUUCUGUGCGUAGAGAGAGAGAGAGCCUGCGGUGUGCCCGGCGAGCCUUCGCCGCCGUUUUCCACGCAACGAGCAACGUACUGUCGCCACCCCCUCGUCACGGGUCCCGGGCAUCGGUUUGCGUUUUACCGAGGGGUUGGACGCACGGACGUGGACGUCGGUUCUCCUCUGUUGUUCCUUUUCUUUCCUUUUUUCCGUUCGUUCUAUUCACGGCUUUUUUUUACUCUCAUAUAUCCCUCUGCCGGCCCCGGGCUGCCCGCCACACGCUUCGCCGCCAAGGAUUAUCAACGAGUUGUUCGCGGUCCCGGCGUAUACCAAGGAAACGGUGAUCUAAAACGGAGAUAUACACCCGGUGCUUAUGCCUCACUAGUGCGCGCGCGAUACUUACUCCAUUACACUUCUCUGGACUCGUCUGGUGUCCUCCAAGUCUGGCCUCUGUGACGUGAUCGUUCGCCACGGAACUCGUGCCUGGAACAAGCUCCGAAACCUGCCUGCCUGCUGCCUGCCUGCCUACAUACCUGCCAAGACCUGACUGACUGACUGACUGACUGACUGGUUGACUGACUGGUUGACUGACUGACUGACUGACUGACUGACUGACUGACCAGCUGCACCUCGAUCCCGGCAACACUAUUGGAGCUCUCGAAGAAUUGGUUGCUCCCGUCACCCGGCUCAAACAUCCGAAUAGAAGAUCGCUGCUGGACCGAGAACACCAGGACACCACGAAUGAUCCAGCUCCGCCAUCGGCGUAGACAAAACUCGUAUACGCCGCACGCCGUCUUGGACAACCAGUGUCGAAGUGUCGGAACACGCGUCAGUUUAAAUGGAUAGUUGAACAACCGGUGGUGUCGGGAUAUCUAUCUCUCGGAUUCUCGGGGGUGGUCGUUUUCGUUCUACCGGCUAGCCGGCUGCGCGGGCUCGGACUGUGUGUUGUGCUACCGGAAACCGGGAGUAUAGAAUCCCUCGUUUCGCCCGAACGCCGCGAAUUUUACUCGCGGUGCUACCCUGCGAGCCGAUCGAGUUCCUCGAGUCCCCGCCUCCCGCUCGGCCUGAUGGUGCGCGAAGUAAAGCGCGGCUAAAAAGUGUUCGGGACCUCUUUGAUCGCUGGUUGUUCCAUUGCCGAGGAAAAAAAAAGAUAAAAGAAGUUUUGAUUGUAUCGUGAUUGCAAGAGUACAGUGCUUCGAGAGGGUAACAGUGCAACUGCUGGUUAGAGGAAACUGGCAGUACGCGGGAUAUGAACCCAGGUACGACCUGGGGUUGCGUCGGGGUAGCUAGUAAAGUGUCCGUUGAUGGUGAAGAGGUUACGAUUACCGAUAGACUGCGAUUGAAGAGGGUGAGGAGCGCCGCAGCAUUCGGUAGGAGGAGGAGGAGAAGAAGAAGAGUAAGUCGAGAGAGUGUAGGCGCAGGCGCCGUAGGUGAUGUGAGGCUGGCGCCCGCCUCACGUUUGGGGUGAUGCCCUCCAGUGAGCCUCAUCCCCCCCAGUACCACCUUCAGCACCACAACAUUCCUCCCUCGCAUCUUCAGCAGCAAACGUCAAACGCGAUCGGGCAGCAUCAGCUCUAUCAGCAGCUGGUGGCGGCCCAUCAUCAGCAACAGCAACAGCAGCAACAUCACCAACAACACCACCAGCAGCAGCAGCAGCGUCAACAGCAACACGGCGGGCCCUUUCAAAAUUCCCCGUACACGCAGCAGAAGCAGGAGAUGAGCCCGGAGGAGGAGGGGGGUCGAGGGGAGCAGCAAGGUCCGAGCCCGAGCCCGAGUCCGACGGGCGGCGACGUCGAGAAAUUCGACGGGAAGAUCGUGUACAACCCGGACGGUUCCGCGUACAUAAUUGAGGGUGAGAGCGAGUUGAGCGAGGACGAUUCCCUGCCGGACGGCUGCAUCGUGGACGGUCGUGGUGUCUCCGUUCCCCAUUCGCUGGUAUUUCCUCAAAUUGCUAGCGCGUACUACGUUUCACGCCUGUACGCUCAUCAAGCGUACCAGCAGCAGCAACAGCAACAGCAGCAACGUUCCGCGGCUCAACAACACAAUCCCGAUCUUCCCGUGAUGCACAGCUACCGGGUGAUCAGUUACAGAAGCGCCGAGGGCAGCAAACAACCGCCCCCGCCUCCGUCGGCGCCGCCGCCGCCAGCAGCCUCGGUCCCCGUGAAACCGAUCCUGAUGUGUUUCAUAUGCAAGCUGAGUUUCGGCUACGCGAAGAGCUUCGUGGCGCACGCACAGGGUGAACACCAGCUCACCCUGAUGGACGACGAAAGACAGGUGUUGUCCCAUUCGACCGCGUCGGCUAUCAUACAGGCGGUGGGCAGGGGCAAACAGCCACUGGUCAGCUUCCUGGAGCCAGUGACCAACUCCACGUGUCCGCAGUCGUCGCCCGCGCAGAUACAGAGCCAGCAACAACAGCAACGCUCCGACUCCAACGAUCACGAGACACCGACGACGACCAGCACGCCGGCCAGCACACCCGGGGUGCCGAGCAGCCCCCAACAGCAGCAGCAGCAACAGCAACAACAACAGAGGCCGUCGCCGAGCACACCCACCACUCCCACGUCACACUCAAAUCAUCCACUCGCGUACAAUCAUCAACAACCGCAGCAACACCAAUGGACCGGGGCGCAGGUCAGCGCUGCCUCCUGGGCCAAGGCGCCGGACGCUGCGGGCAUACACUACACGUCACCGCCUCCUCAGAGUUCGUCCACGAAAGGCUCGCCGUCUUCUUACGCCGCUUUGACCCAACAACCCCCAAACUUCUUGACGGGCACCACUAUCGGCGUCUGCCCGGAACACAUGCAAGGUAGACCCAGCGGGGUUGAGUGUCCUAAAUGUGAACUGAUUCUCGCCAGCAGCCGGUUAGCUGGUCCAGGUGGUCCACUAGCCGGUAUUCACAGUCGAAACUCGUGCAAAACGCUCAAGUGUCCCAAAUGUAACUGGCAUUACAAGUAUCAGGAGACCUUGGAGAUACACAUGAAGGAGAAGCACCCGGAGAGCGAGACCUCCUGCAUAUACUGCAUCGCUGGCCAGCCUCACCCCAGGUUAGCGCGCGGUGAAACUUACACGUGUGGGUACAAACCAUACAGAUGCGAGGUGUGCAACUAUUCGACCACGACCAAGGGGAAUCUCAGUAUUCACAUGCAGAGCGACAAGCAUCUGAACAACAUGCAGGAGUUGCAGCAAGGCGGUGGCGGCAGUUCGGGUACCAGUAACCCGUCGUCGUCGCAGGACGCACCGAUGCCCACGAGGAGUCCUCAUCACCAACAAAAUCACAGCCCGCACAUCUCCGGCCAAGCAGGGAGCCAGAACAAACCGAAGCCGACGUUUCGCUGCGACGUAUGCAACUAUGAGACCAACGUCGCGCGCAAUCUUAGGAUACACAUGACCAGCGAGAAGCAUACGCACAACAUGCUGGUCCUGCAACAGAAUGUGAAACACAUGCAGACGCUGUCCGCGUUACAGUCGCAUCACCAGCAGGCGCAGCAUCAUCAUCAGCAAGCGCAACAGCAACACCAACAGCAGCUCGAGCAGUUGCUCCAUCUAGGCGGUCUGGACAAACCGCAGCACGCGGAGGCGGCUCUCGCCGACAUGGCUUACAAUCAAGCACUGUUGAUCCAGAUGAUGACCGGUGGUCAGCUGCCGCCCCAGCUACCGCCGGAGAUCAUGGGCGGAAUGGCAAGCAUGAGUGCGAUGGGGAAUCUCGGCGGCGACGUUGGUCUAUCACCGGACAGUAUGGACCCACCUCCAGAACCAGCCGAUCCCGAUCCGGCUCAUCUUUAUCAGUGCUGCGUAUGUAACAACUUCGCGACCGACUCUUUAGAAGCUCUGGGUCAUCACCUGGCCGUGGACAGAACACGAACGCGGGAGGGAGAGAUCCUGGCUCUAGUAGCCGGCCACUUCGUCUGCAAACUUUGUUCCUAUAAAACCAACUUGAAGGCGAACUUCCAACUGCACUGCAAGACGGACAAGCACCUGCAGCGUCUGCAGCACGUAAACCAUGUGAAAGAGGGCGGACCACGGAACGAGUGGAAGCUGAAGUAUUUGGCGUCGCCUACCAGCGCGGCGCAGUUACGCUGCCACGCGUGCGAUUACUACACCAACAGCGCCCAUAAGUUGGCACUUCAUGCCGCCUCGCCGCGGCACGAGGCCGCCGCUCUGCUCCUUCGGCAUUUGCUUGAGGCGAGCGCUAAUGUGCCCACCCAGGGCAAGCUUUAUCACUGCGCCCUGUGCGGGUUUAGCGCGAGGCACAGAUUGCCGCUGCUGCAGCAUGUCCGCUCGCUCAGACACCUUCAGAUGGAACAGUUGCAUCAGCUUCAUCGACGGAGCGGCAUACAAGGGAAUGAAACACCGCACACCGACAUCGGCGACGUUUUUCAAGUCGUCGGCGAUCCAGACGCGCCACCCGCGCAGCAGUCCAGCCCGACCACACCGACCACUCCAAACGCCACCAGUGUCAACAGCGAACGACGAGAAGAGGGUAGCGACUGCGGCAACGAAGUGAAACAAGAACCGGACAACGAACAAGAGACCGAACAAGAACCAGAGAACGAGCACGAAGACGUCGUGUGCCCGUAUUGCACUUAUCAACCAACGUCUCGCGAAGAACUGAGGCAACACUUGCAGGUAGCCCACGUCCAAGACUCCGACGAGAAAACGGAAACCGUGAAAGAGGAACCGCCGCCCGAAUUGCUAUGUCCGUUGUGUCAAGACGGCUUCAGGGAACGGUCAGCAUUGGAGAAGCAUGUGAUGCAGAUUCACUCGGUGAACGCGGACGGACUGCAACGACUCCUACUUCUGGUCGACCAGAGCCACUGGCUGAACAACAAUCCGAGAAAUACCUCGACGCCAGCGGUGACCACGCCAACGUCGCCAACCACCACCACGAAACCCCCUCAGGAAGAGGACGUCAGUGAACGCAGUGCCACCGACGAAAUCGAAGAAAUCACUCGAUGCACGGUGUGUGGGCGAAUUUGCCGUUCCCUCGAAGAACUACAGCAACAUCACCGGGAGACACAUCCAGCCACCACGCCAACAUUAGCAGUCAGCGAGAAGCACGUGUACAAGUAUCGAUGCGGUCAGUGCAGCCUGGCGUUCAAAACACUAGAGAAAUUACAGCAGCACUCGCAAUACCACGCGAUAAGGGACGCAACGAAGUGUGCGCUCUGCGGCCGAUCGUUUCGCUCGGUACAAGCGCUCCAAAGACAUCUGGAGUCGACGCACGCGGAUCUCCACGAGGAUGAACUGGCGCAAUACAAGCAGAGCCUACUGCACGCUCAUCCCCUUCUUCAAGCGCUUACCGAGGAAAGUUUUCGGAGGCAAGGUAACCUAAGCGGUGAGCAAAGCGUGGAAGACGAGGCUAGCAAAGCUGAAGAAGAGGAGAGCGACGCGAGUGACUCGUCGCCACUGCACAAAGAACAACGUCUUCUGGAGGACUAUCUGAACAGCCAGCCGGUCGCCGAGGACUCGUACCACGACCCCGGCAGGAAGUUUAAAUGUCAUCGGUGCAAGCUCGCGUUCACGAGACAAAGCUACUUAACAGGACACAACAAGACGCUGUUGCAUCGCAAGGGAGAGAAGAUGUCCUACCCGAUGGAGAAGUAUUUAGACCCGAAUAGGCCGUACAAAUGUGACGUGUGCAAAGAAAGUUUCACCCAGAAGAAUAUACUUUUGGUUCACUACAACAGCGUGAGUCACCUGCACAAACUGAAGAGGGCGAUGCAAGAGCAAGGUAACAACAACACGCUAAUCUCGGUGGUCCCGCCAGCUAGUCCGACCGAGUCGCCCGACUCCCAGCAGGAUCAAGAUAAGAAACCGUACAAGUGUAACAUCUGUAAGGUAGCUUACUCUCAAGGCAGCACAUUGGACAUACACAUGAGGAGCGUGUUGCACCAGACAAGAGCCAGCAAACUGCCAGACUUAGCGGCUAGCGGGCAACUAGAUCUAGCCCGACCGUUGAUCGAACAACCACCGCCGACCAGCCCGAACAGCCCACCGGUAAACCUCAAUACUAGUGGCUCGGGGAUGCUCUCCUGUCCCCGAUGCAGCGCUCUGUUCGUGAACCAAGAGCAACUGGCGACGCACCAGCAGCUCUACUGCAUCUUCAGCAAUCCGUUGGCGUUGUUUCAACAACUAGCAGCGUCACAGCAACUGGUCCCGUCCACUCCAGCUAAAACGCCACCUCCGACCUCCACCACACCGGGGCCUCAGCAACACUUGCAGCAGAGCGUUCAGCACUCAUCCCAAACGACGCAGGACAUCCUGUCGCAGCCGCGCCAUAAGACCUCGCAAAUGUACAAACAUCUUCUAGAGAGCUUCGGGUUCGACCUGGUGAUGCAGUUUAACGAGAACCACCAGAGACGGCAGCGGAAAGAGGAAGAAGCGGCUGCCGCUCUUCAAGCGCAACAAGAACAGCAGAAGCAGGAGCAACAGAAACAGGCACUGGCUGCGCAGGCAGCUCGCGAGAGGGAAGAGGAAGCUGAGGAGGCGGCGGAUGACGAUGUGAUACCAGAGUUGACUAGAAGCACUUGCCAGCACUGCAAUAAAGAAUUCAGUAGCGUUUGGGUAUUAAAGGCACACUGCGAAGAGGUGCAUCGUGAUCUGGUUCCCCGCGAGUUUUUGGAGAAGUACGCGCAGCAGUUCAAGUGCGAGUACGAGAAGAAAAGUGUUGUGGUGACUGUCGCGACGUCGUCGUCCACAUCGUCCGGACCCAGAAGUUCCACUCCUGCGUCCGGUCAACCGCAGGAUCUUAGUUCAGAUAAGGAGCAACGUGAAAAAGAGAAAGAGGAAAGUUCCGAGAGUAAAGAGCGCGUUAGCAAGACACCGGAAGCCACGUCGACUACUCCUGCCACCACUCCUGCGUUGAGCAACACGCCCGUGUCGAGUACCGAUUCGACCACAACCACCGUGUUGCCAAGCAAUCAGUCGCAUCAUUCGCAACAGCAACAGCAGCAGCAACAACAGCAGCAGCAGCAGCAACAACAACAGCAGCAACAGCAACAGCAGCAGCAACAGCAGCAGCAGCAACAACAACAUGCUCAGCUUACUUUGGCUCAACAGAUGUCCGAAAUGCAAGCUGCUCUAAACGCCAUGGCGGCCUCCCAGUUGCAACAACAACUUCAACAAUACCCGGGAUUGAUGAUGGGAAUGAUGGGCUUACCGCUUGGACUGAACGUUCCUGCUCUCGCGGCGAUGAAUCUCCAACCACCUUUGGUACCCAUGAUGCUGCCUCCGCCGCCGUAUGAUGGUGCUGCUACCGCUUAUCCGCCGAUCAACGCUCAAGCUGAUCUCCUUGCUAAACAACAUCUCGCUUUGCAACAACAACAGGCAGCAGCUGCAAGCGCAGCCGCCUCUCAGAAACGGGCGCGCACUCGCAUAACAGACGAACAGCUUAAAAUCCUACGAGCGCAUUUCGAUAUUAACAAUUCACCGGGCGAGGAGCAGAUACUGGACAUGGCGGCUCAAAGCGGCCUGCCGCCGAAAGUGAUCAAACACUGGUUCCGGAACACGUUGUUCAAGGAACGGCAGCGCAACAAGGACAGCCCGUAUAAUUUCAACAAUCCGCCGAGCACCACCUUAAAUCUCGAGGAGUAUGAGAAAACCGGGGAGGCGAAAGUGACCCCAUUAAAUUCUAGCGUGUCCGGGAGCAGCUCCUCGGAUGACAAGAGCCCGAACAAGCAAGCGUCUCCGCCACCGUCCGCGACAAGCGUCAACACGUCUCAGGCGAGCGAGAUAAAACAGGAAAUACAAGAGCAACCGCAGUGUCACGUGCAGCAAUCGUCGUUGCAGCAUCAGGAGGAGCAGCAACAUCACUCGCCGGGCAGCUCUGGCGGCCAGCAAUCCCGGCCGCAUUCCCCAGCGCUGAGCAUCAGCUCGGUAUUUCCCAGCAUGCACCACGACGUCUCGUCGCACUCGUCAACAACGACGAAUGCGCCGAGUACUCCGAUGCUUCCGCCGAAACUAGGACCACAGAAUUUCGCUAGCCCAAAUCCUGGACCGGGCGGAGUCGUGCCAGGCGCUAUAGCAGCCAUGGCUUUGACGCCGCAAAGAUCAUUGAGCCCUGGUCGCGGACCGACCGACUACUCGUUCGGCGGCAGCUCGAACGGCAACAGCUCGUCGGGCAAUAGCUCCGGGAAACGCGCGAACCGGACCAGAUUCACGGAUUAUCAGAUCAAGAACGCGAGACAAAAGGCGCGCAAGGUGUACGAAAAUCAGCCAGCCGCGGAGCCGGUGACAUCGGGGAACCGCGAAGGUGACGACGGGUCCGGCAGAUUCCAAAGGACACCGGGGUUGAAUUACCAGUGCAAGAAGUGUUUGCUGGUGUUCCAGAGAUACUACGAGCUGAUCAGACACCAGAAGACCCAUUGCUUCAAAGAGGAGGAUGCGAAGCGGAGCGCGCAAGCGCAGGCAGCUGCGGCCCAAGUGGCCGCUGUUUUGAGUUCUGAGGACAGCAACAGCAGUUCCACGACGACCACCACCAACGUGACAUCGAACAACCCGAGCACGGCGCCCGCGCUGACCGAACAACUGCAACAACCGUUGAACACCACCACUCCUCCCCACCAUCAGCAACAGACGAUGACACAGACGCAUCAGCAGCCCCAACAGCAGCAACAGCAGCAGAUGCAGCAGCAAUCGCAGUCGCAGUCCCAGCCGCAGUCCCAGUCUCAGACCGAGUCCAAGGAGGGCAGUUUCCAGUGCGACAAAUGUAACCUGAUGUUCGGACGAUUCGAGCUGUGGCGCGAGCAUCAGCUAGUACAUAUCAUGAACCCGUCCCUGUUCCCACCCGCAUACCCGCCGGACUCGCCGUUCGGCAUUCUGCAGCAACAAGCGUUGACCGCCACCUCUGGUGUCUCGUCGGAAACCUCCCACCCGCUAAUCGCGAUGAUGCAAGACAGAAAAAGGAAAUAUGAGGAGUUCGACGAUGGGACGGGCGGCGAAUCUCGUUCGAACUCCGAGCACAGCGAGCAGCCGAAGGACAAGCGAUUGCGGACGACGAUACUCCCGGAACAAUUAGACUAUCUCUACCAGAAAUACCAGGUUGAGUCAAACCCUUCGAGAAAGAUGCUCGAGACAAUCGCCCGCGAGGUUGGCCUAAAGAAGCGCGUGGUCCAGGUCUGGUUCCAGAACACUCGGGCCCGCGAGCGCAAGGGCCAGUUCCGCGCACACAGUCAGGUGAUCAACAAGCGUUGCCCGUUCUGCCCGGCAUUGUUCAAAGUGAAGUCCGCGCUGGAAUCGCAUCUCAGCAGCAAGCACGCUGACCAAGUGGCUCGCGGCGAGGUGAACAUCGACAACAUCCCCGACGAAGAGCUCUCGAUGGAGUCCGCGCCCUCCAACCCUAGCACGCCGAACAUGAUGCCACCGUUGUUCCCACCAUUCAACACCGACAUGGAGGCUUCCCUGAAGAAGUAUUACGAGGAGUCAAUGAAGCGGUAUAUCAGCGAACUCCAAGCGCACGCGAGCAACGGCAAGCAGGAAGCCUCGAACCACCAGAGUGCAGGCAACAACAGCGGCGAGUCGCCGUUGGAUCUCAGCAAGCCGGUCGAUCUCAGUCGGCCGAUGAAACUUAGCCUCGGCGGGCUGAGCAAUCUCCUCGAGGAACAGCACGGCAUGCAUUUCCGGGGUGGCAGCGAUUGCGGGCCACUGACCGAUCUGUCCGAGCGCAGCAUCUGCGACGACGACAGCAUGAGCGAGACCACGGAAUUCCUGGAUGACGAGAGCGGCCCGGCGAGCCCAGCAUCCAGCACGCAGAGCUCGCGGCAGGGCUCUGCUUCCGUGGGUACCGGGAGCGCUACUGUUCCAACGGUGACCGGCACCGGCGGCGGGACCGGCCAAUCUAGCGGCAAGAGGUAUCGCACUCAGAUGUCCGCGACCCAGGUGAAGGUGAUGAAGUCGCUGUUCUCGGACUACAAGACGCCCACCAUGGCCGAGUGUGAGAUGCUAGGUCGCGAGAUCGGCCUACCGAAGCGCGUGGUACAGGUCUGGUUCCAGAACGCCCGCGCCAAGGAAAAGAAAGCUAGAUUGGCGGCAGGACUGCCGGCCGAGGGCUCGGCCGUGCAGCCGCACCGCGGCCCGACCGGGCCCGACGAGUGCAGGCUCUGCUCGGUCCGGUACUCGGCGAAGUCGCCGCUCCAGGAGCACGUGUUCUCGCGACGGCACAUCGAGUCGGUGCGCGUCGCCGUCGAGGAGGGCAGCUUGGUGCCGCCGACGCCCGGCGCGCCGAUCACCCCUGCCGGGAACGUGGCCGCAGCAGCCGCAGCCGCAGCCGCAGCUGCCGCCGCGGCGGGAAUGGGGAAUGCGUCGGUGGUCGGCCCAGCCGGCCAGCAGACCAGCCAGCAACAGCAGUCGGACGAAAAUAUGAUGUACGGAUCCUUGUUCCUUCACCCCACGGCGAUGUUCCAGCCGCAGCAGCAGCAACACCCGGGUGCCGCGACGCCUAGCACGGCUACCACCAC